UCAACAAAAGAAGAUCCUUUUUUCGUCGAUAUUUCAAGGCAGCUAAAUUCCGCCUGAAACGGGAGAAGCGGAUACGCGAACAUUGUGCAACAACAACGCUGGUGUAAUUGGAUUAUGACCGUGGUGGACCGCGCCAUCAAUGUCUGUGCUGGUUUCUUUAUGUUUGCUCAAGAUUGAACUAGUCGCCGACGGUAGUAGCAACAGGAGUCGCCACCAGUCGGUCAACAUGCUAGGCCCGGACUCGGAAUCGGCGGCAUCCGGUGGAUGCGAUGACGCAGCAGCAGCAGCAGCAGCCGCCACAGCACUUGGUGACGAUGAAGAGGCAGGUGCCGUAUCGACGGAACAUCCGAACAAUCCACGGUUGCAGCGUGAGAUGAGGGGCCAGCGGAAACCGAAAAAAAUCACCAUCGAAAGCUACCGGAAUCGGUUGCUGUCGUCCGAUGCCUCAUCGAUCGAUGAGUACCGCGGGAUCCUGCCGAAAAGUUCCCGCGAGCAGACACCCAUGGACGAGAUGCCGCCGGCGGCGGCCACCGGUAAGCAGGAGUACUCCGGAGAGAUUAACUUCUUCUCCGGUAAUCCGUUCGUCGAGGUAACGAAGGGGAUAUUGCACCUUUUCAAGCACAACGAACGGGCCGACAUAACGGCGGGUGGGGUUUCGAAGACAAUCUGCUUGAUUGCCGUACCAUCGUCGCUGAACUGUCACGACAUUCUGAACUUUAUCGCUCCGUGCCACCAGGAGAUCCAGCAUGUGCGCAUUCUGCGCGAUGGUUCACCGAACCAGUUCAUGGUGCUGCUGGAGUUCCGGUGCGUCGAGGGAGCGAUCGAGUUCUACAAAACGUUCAACGGUGCACCGUACAACAGCCUGGAGCUGGACUCGCUCUGUCACGCCGUUUGGGUGUCGAGCGUUGAGUGGGGUCUCGAUGGAAGCUGUCUGGCACCGCAGGGCCACACCGAGCUGCCCACCUGCCCGGUGUGUCUGGAGCGGAUGGACGAGAGUGUCGACGGUGUGUUGACGAUCCUGUGCAACCAUGCAUUCCAUGCCGGGUGUCUGAUCAAAUGGGGUGACUCGACCUGCCCGGUGUGCCGCUGCAUUCAGACACCGGAACUGUCCGAACCGUCGGUGUGCAUGGAGUGCGAGGGUACCGAGGCACUGUGGAUCUGUCUGAUCUGUGGACACAUCGGUUGUGGCCGGUACCAGGGCGGACACGCUGCCUCGCACUAUCGCACGACGAACCACACGUACGCCCUGCAGCUCGGUACGAACCGGGUUUGGGACUACGCGGGCGACAACUUUGUGCACCGACUGUUGCAGAGCAAAUCGGAUGGUAAGCUGGUCGCUACUCCGUCACCCGGUGGGGCCGAUGGUGAGGAAAAGAUCGAUUCGAUGCAGCUCGAGUUUACCUACCUGCUGACGUCGCAACUGGACGCACAGCGGGAUUACUACGAGGAAAGAUUGGCACGGCUCGAAUCGGCGCUCGGCAGUGAACGGCAGAAGCUCCAGGAAGACAAUGAACAGGCGAAGAAGAAAUACAUGACGCUGGAUGCAAAGCUACAAGCGUUAACGAAGGAGAAGCACAGUUUAGAGAAGAAGAUUACCCAAAUGUCGGCCAAAAUGAACAACGUGGUGAAGGAGCUAGCAGAAGAGAAACAGUUUGGCAAAACGCUGCAAUCGAACCAGAGCUCGUGGCAGGCCAAGUUCAGCGAUCUAGAGAAGAAGUGCAUCGAGAAGGAGCAAGAAAUCAUCGAUCUAAAGGAGCAGGUGCGAGAUCUGAUGUUCUACAUGGAAGCGCAGAACACGAUCGCUGGUUCGGAGAUGAAGCAGGAGCUGGUCGAUGGUACGGUCAUACUGCCCGCAGGUAGUGCGGAUAGCUCGACCCUGCUGGCCGCCGCUAGUGGAUCGCUAUCACCCGGUAGCAAUGCUGGCACUCCUGGAGGACCCAAAGGCUCCUCUGCCAAGCGUCGCCAGCGUAAAAAGUAACCGAUCUCAGCAGGCCGAUCGAUUCGGAUUGAUAUGAAUCCCUACUGCUACGCACACACAGCUUUCCUCCAGAUCACUAUACGAUAGUUCGCGAUAGACAACGGAUUUCGAUAGAACAAAUUGAAAGUUUCUGAAAUUGUGAUAACAACCGUCUCCUUGAUCGUCGUUCCGUA